AUGGCUAAGUCCGAAGCCGGAGUGGGAACUACGCAACGAAUUAAAACCGUGGAUAUCACAGUUAUUAAUCAAUUGACCAAAAGCACGAUCAAGAAUGCGUCGGCUCAAUUAAAGAUUGAGUGGCAAGAGGAUACCCAACUAUUGAAAUUAGUGGUGGCUUGUGAAGAGGGUAUCUUCUCACUGCAAUACACCAAAUCCGAUCUCAUAGCACGAAAGCUGAAAGCAGAUGUAGAUAAUGAGGUAUGGCGUCAAACCUUGGAAUUUUUGUUUGACGCUGAUGUAUUUCAUGAGGUCAAGCUACCUCAAGAGACCUCGAAUGUUGUGCUCCAAGGUAAACUCUAUUCUAUGGACGCUUACGAUGAAUCUGGGCAAUUGCUCAAAGAUGAGCUUUGUGAAGAGAUACCGAGUUUUGAGCUCUAUGUCCAAACCAAGGGAUUCUUGUCGGUGGCUUUAGGAAUGAUACCUUUGGAAUACAGGGAUCCUGAUUCAUGCUCUGCAGAUGAGGCGGAUAUGUUAUACUGGCUUCUGAUAGCUACGAAACAGAUCGAAUUGCUCAGAGAAGAACUUUUUAAGGCAAGACUUACUAGUGAAACGUUCGAGAAGAUCGGCGCGAUUAAAGAAAGCGAAAUAGCGGAGCUAACAUCGGACUACAAAUUGAUAAUCCGAGAUUUUCAAGAUCGUUUUUUCCAAGUUUUGCAAUCAAAGAAGCAAAGAAUCCGAGAACUCGAAGGAGACUCUGGGGUGAAUUUACAAGACCUUAACCACGGGUACGUUGAGCGAAGCAAACUCAAUUUAAAUCGUGUCAACAUUGAGGACAUCGAAAUAGGCGAUGAAAGUAAAGAAUACGGGAAAAAACGAAUACGAAAAGUCACAAAACGCGCGAAUAGACGAAGAGAUACGAUGCAUGAAACCGAAGCAGCUCCAGUUGUGCGCAAGAAAAAAUUCAUAAAGAAAGAAGUUUUAAAAGCAGAAGAUCGGAUGGGGGUCAAAACAGAGGAUAGAAUGGCAGUUGCUGACUACCCUGAUGAUAUCAUCAAUGAGGAGCCAAUGUUCAUUAAAAGUGAAGAUAAAGAACAACUCGAAAAGGGAGGCCCUUCACAAGAAGAUACAGAUUAUGAUUCUGAAGAUGGUGAUCACAGUGGUGAUCACAGUGGUGAGCUGGAUGUAAGCGUAAGUUAUUCAAGCCCUGAAAAAUUAGAAGAUAGAAAACUAAAGCAGAUCAAACAUCCUCCAGAGGCCACUUCGCCAGUGCAACUGGAGGAUGAUGCUGAGAGCUCUAGUACUGAGUAUUCGGAUUCCUAG